UUUAUUUCUCCACGGCAGCAUGACAGAGCCAGUUUAUAUUAACGCCAGUGUGAGAGCAAGCAUGUGAAGCGAUCAGCCGGUUCUUCCGUUUCAGAGGACUUCCGUGUUUACAUGUCUGCAGCAGGCACUGAUCCCUCAUGGCUUUCAUUACGAAGAAGGAUCGCAGCAAAGAACGAUUUUCGUUGCUGCUGCUGGAUCUGGAGGAACAUUAUUUUGAACAGCACACUGCAUAUAAUCUGACUGGAAGAGGUCCAGAGGCAAACAGACGAACUAGUGGCUCGCUAAAAAUCUGUUCCAAAUCAAUCAUUUUUGAACCUGAUGAUGCUGUUAAGCCUAUUUUAAAGAUUCUUCUGAAAGACUGCAAAGGAAUAGGAGCAGUGGAGGAAACGGGCCACAACCCAUUUAUAGAAAGUAAACCUGCCUGUAUUCUUAUAGAAACCAAGCAGAUUUAUCUAAUUAAAGAAGAAAAUGUGGUUGCUCCAUAUAAAUAUGAAAGGGGAGAGAAAAAGGUCACAUUCCAAUUGGAGGUGCCUGGAAAAACAGAGGAUGUUGUUCAGAUGUUAUUACAGUUACACAGAGCAUCCUGUCUGGAUAAGCAGGGUGACCAGACAGCAAUGGUUGCAGCUAUACUGCAGUCCAGGUUAGCAAGAACAUGUUUUGAUAAAAACAGUUUUCAGCAUGUAACAGAAAACCCACACAUGGAGUGUGUGGCAGAAAUGGUUUCUCCUUUGGUGACAAACGCUGGUCACGUUUGCAUCACUGAUUGCAAUCUUUACUUCCAGCCUAUGAACAGCUAUCCUGAUUUAGUGGUGCAGAUUGGGUUACAUAGUGUAAGACGCAUCUACAAACGGAGACAUGGGUUGAGACCUUUGGGCCUUGAGGUGUUCUGCACAGAGAAUGAUCUGUGCUCGGAUAUCUACCUGAUGUUCUACAGUACUAAAGAAAGAGAUGAGCUUUACUACUACAUUGCAACUUUCCUUGAAAACCAUAUAGCGGAGUGCACAGCGGAGAGCUACAUGCUGCAGUGGCAGAGAGGUCACAUCUCCAACUAUCAGUACCUACUUCAUCUAAACAAUUUAGCAGACCGCAGUGUGAAUGACCUAUCCCAGUAUCCAGUGUUCCCCUGGGUCAUCAGUGACUACAGCAGCACACAGAUGGAUUUGCUGAACCCUGCUUCAUUUCGAGAUCUCCGUAAACCAAUUGGAGCUUUGAACACAGAGAGACUGGAGAGAUUACUGGAACGCUACAGAGACAUGCCUGAGCCUCGUUUUAUGUAUGGCAGUCAUUAUUCAUCACCUGGAUAUGUGCUUUUCUACCUUGUCAGAGUUGCUCCAGAGCACAUGCUUUGUCUACAGAAUGGACGAUUUGAUCAGGCAGACAGAAUGUUCAACAGUGUUGGUGAGACUUGGAAGAAUUGUUUAGAGGGAGGCACAGAUUUCAAAGAGCUGAUUCCUGAGUUCUAUGGAAGUGAUAGCAGCUUUCUGAAGAAUCUGCUUGGUUUGAAUCUGGGCAGGAGGCAGGGAGGAGGCAGAGUUGAAAAUGUUGAACUUCCUUCUUGGGCAUCAGAUCCAGAUGACUUCUUGGAGAAAAUGCGUUUAGCACUGGAGAGUCAGUAUGUGUCUGAACACCUGCACGAGUGGAUUGAUCUGAUUUUUGGCUACAAACAGAGGGGAAGUGAAGCUGUGGCUGCCCAUAAUGUUUUCCAUCCAUUAACAUAUGAGGGAGGAGUUGACUGCGAUAGUAUUGAGGACCCAGAUCAGAAAAUAGCCAUGCUAACUCAGAUAUUGGAGUUUGGACAAACGCCACGACAACUCUUUGUAACUCAUCAUCCUCAGAGGAUCACUCCACGCUUCCACAACCUGUCAGCAACCCCCAGCCUCAGCAGCAGUGAGCUCUCACCAUCAUCUCCAAGUAUGGAAUCAUUUGAGGACCUGACUGAGGAGAGUAAGAAAAUGGCCUGGAGCAACAUGAACAAACUUGCAUUGCAGUCUCGCCACAAAAUACACAAAGAAGCAGUAACAGGCGUUACUGUGACCCUCAGUGGGGAUUCCAUCUUCUCAACUUCUCAAGACUCCACAUUGAAGAUGUUCUCGAAAGAAAAUGGACUGCAAAGAAGUAUGUCCUUCUCGAACAUGGCACUGUCCUCCUGUCUGAUGCUGCCUGAUGAUAAGAUUGUUGUGUGCUCCUCCUGGGACAACAACGUAUAUUUUUACUCAAUAGCAUAUGGAAGAAGACAAGACACUUUGAUGGGUCAUGAUGAUGCAGUUAGUCAUAUUUGCUGGAGGGAUGACAAACUUUACACAGCAUCUUGGGAUUCUACUGUGAAGAUUUGGAAAUGUGUAGCAGAUGACAUCUCCAGUAAUAAAAGGACUCAGUUUGACCUGCUUGCUGAAUUUGAACAUGAGGCCGGGGUUAAUACUUUAGAUCUCAGCCCAGCUGGCACACUUUUGGCAACGGGUACUAAAGAAGGAACACUUACUCUUUGGGACAUUGCCAACCCUCUCCCACUAAAUCAACUGACCUGCCAUUCUGGAAAGAUUCAUCAGGUGGCCUUCAGUCCUGACAGCAGACAUGUACUGAGUGUUGGGGAGGACUCGUGUUUGGUGGUUACAGAUGUGCAGACAGGCAUGCUCCUCGCUACUGUACAUGCAGAGCAAGAGCAGAGGUGUUUCUGCUGGGAUGGUAACACUGUGUUGUCUGGAGGGAUGUCAGGAGAUCUCAGUGUAUGGGACCUCCUUAGCAGUAAAGUCAUCCACAAGAUACCUGCUCACUCAGGUGCAGUCACGUGUAUGUGGAUGAAUGAACAAUGCAGUACUAUCAUCACAGGUGGUGUGGACAAACAGAUCAUUCUUUGGAAACCGGAGUAUUAACAGUAAUACUUCAAUAAUGUUCGAUAAAACAAUUCAGCCAUUUUUCAGACCGUUCGGACCAAGGUCCAUUUUCACCAUUUGAUUUCAUGGGACAAUUUGAACAGUACAAUCCUCUAAAAUAGAAAUCUUGACAAUGUGUUUGAUAUAUUUGGUCAAAGUUUUAUGAUAAAGUUGGUUAGACAGAUUGCAGGGUUUUAAAAACUGUAAGCACCGUGUAGUUUUACAUUAUUAUUUAGCGUUUUUUUGUUUUGUUUUUUGUUUUGUUUUUUAAGAUCUGAAAGCUAGCUCUGUUUGGUAACUGGAAUGUUACCAAAAGAUAUGGAUGUCCUAUUUGGCUCAGUGAUUUUUUUCUUUUCUUUUAAUAUUAUACAUGUAUAACAUUUGGCAUGUCAAAUCUCUUUCAAAACAUGCAUAAAAACAGCAACAAUUCAUAUGAUUUAUAAAAGACAAUCAGUUAUUAUGAUUGUCAUUAUUAUUAUUAUUGCUUUUGAUAAAUGUAACCGCCAAAUCAUACUUAUUAAAAAUCAUAAUACAUCAUGCUUGCAAAUUUUACAAAAUUCUGAGAUCAACUCUUGACACCUUUAUUAUAGGUGACUGAGGAAUGUUCAGAAGUAUUAAGUAGUUAUAUAUAGUAUAUGUUUGAUGUACUGAAGGUUUGCUGCAGUCUUUUUGAGCGAUAAAUAUUUGAUGGGGCUCUUUUUUUUUUAUGUGCCUUAGUUUUUAAUGGUUUGAACUUGAGCGUUACUUUUAAUGCCCACUCUUUAAAUAUGCUUGCAUCUUCAGCUAAAAUAUAUACAUAAAAGUGAUUACAUAUAAAUUAUGUUUGACAAUAUAUUUAAGUGAAAGUUAGAGUAAAACAUUCUGCAAUAUAAUAAACUAUAGCGUUACGUCUUAACAGGUUAUGGAUGCAUACAAAUUUUAUAUUUCAUACACUUAUUUAUGUUACAACGCCUUGAAAAAAUUCUCUUCAGUGAAGAACAAAAAAAAAUAUAGAAAUUAAAUCAGUAUCACAAGAUUAUGCAAUAUUAUGUAAACCCUCAAUGAGCUCACAAGUUAUUAAAGGGAUAGUUCUGUCAAAAAUGUAAACUGUCAUCCCCCAUGUUUUUCCAAACAUGUAUAACUUUCUUUAUGCUUUGGAGCACAAAUGAAGAUAUUUUGGUAAAAUCUUAACUUUUUUUUCUACAUACUGUACAAAGAAAUUAAAUGGGGUCAAAUGUUCUUUGGCUCCAGUGUUGUAGAAAAUAUCUUCUUUUGUGUUCUGUGAAGAAAGAAAUGAAGAAAUGCAUGUGGAACCACAAGAGGGUGAGUAAAUUAUAACAGAAUUUUCAUUUUUGGGUGAAUAAUUCUUUUAACUACAAAAAGUGGCAUUUUAUGUGUGGACUACAUGUUUUAGUAUAUUAGGUUUAUGUAUUGGACUCAUUUUCUGUUCUGUAUGUUUUGGGUUUUAAUGUUUUUUUUUUUUUCACUAUGUAAUGUAUUGCCUCUUGGGAGAAAACUCCUGGAAUUCCAAAAUGUCUUUACAAAUGCACAAAUGUUGUUUGUUUGUUUGUUUCUCUGUUUAUGUUAUACUGGACAGUUAUUUCUUUUAAAAGCUUUCUUCUUUGUUUUUUGUAAUAAAUAGUAACAUGACUAAAUACACAGAUGCAGAUUAAAA